UAAUUUUUCUUUUAAGGUAUCACUUCAGAAAUUGGCUGAAUUUAACAAUCUAGAAAUAUACAUGAAUUUGCUGAUCACCCCUAUUUUUCUAAUGUGAUGUUCCGCCGGCCCCAUGUGACCUCGCUGUUAUCAGGCAUCAUGGCGGCGGAACCUGAGUUCCCUGCCGUGGUGGAACUGAAUAUCGGCGGCCACCACUACACCACCUCCCUGGCAACGCUACGCAAGUACGAGGACUCCAUGCUAGCCGCCAUGUUUAGCGGUCGCCACCACCUCGUAAAAGACAAGGACGGUCGCUACUUCAUUGACAGAAAUGGACAGAAUUUCGCGUACGUUCUGGACUUCAUCCGCCACGGUGAUUUACCGCCCGCCUCGCUCGCCAAGCAGGUUUAUAAAGAAGCCCAGUUCUAUGGUAUCGAGAAGUUGAAGAACUGUUUGGAAGGGAUGCAGCCGAUUAUCGGCGAACAGUUCCGCCAGAAGUUUAUUGACUACAUUCCGAACUACCGAGACAAUGUCGCUUCGAUGAUAACCCUAGCAGUAGGGAGAGCGGACGAGGUCUUAGCCAGAUUUCGUUACGGAAUGAUCCGGAUAUGUAUCAGCACACAGAAGCAGGAUCGAAUCCCGUUUACGCGCUGCAAAGUCGAAAAGAAGGCGGAUUUCAACUUCGAUGUCUCGGAACAGGAGUGGUCGGCAGAGGAACUUAUCCAGUGCAUCGCUCGAGACGUGGAAGAAAAGGGGUACGAGAUUGACUAUACCUUACAGGAGUGUAUUUGCGGUUGGUGCAUCCCCGGGAAAAAUCUGUACGACUUCCCUCCGGUGAUCGAGCUGAACGUUGGCGGUGCCCACCAUACGACAAGCCUGCGAACACUACGCAAGUAUGAAGACUCCAUGCUGGCCGCCAUGUUCAGCGGCAGACACCACCUUACGAAGGACAAAGAGGGAAGGUAUUUCGUCGACCGCAAUGGGACAUAUUUCGGGUACAUUCUAGACUUCCUUCGUAGCGAAGACCUUCCUCCGGCGGACUUGUCUCCGGAGAUAUACAAAGAAGCCCGUUAUUUUGGCCUGGACGCCCUGUGCAACUUGCUGCGAGACGUUCCGCCGUUGUUCGGCGAACACACGGGACGACAAGAGUUCAUCGCACGCUUACCUGAGUACCAGGAGAACGUAGAGAAACUUGUUCAAACAGCACGGGAGUCGGCGGUGGCAGCACGGGAGUCGAAAGCGGUGGUCUGCGUCUACAAGGCAGAUUCCAACCUGGACGCAGACAACCUGCACACGUGUAGGUACCAGUGGUGUGCCAGUUUCGGCCCGUGGAACGCCACGCCUGGUAUCAACGAUCUCUUGGACAGCAUUACCGUAGACCUGAAGGACAGGAGGUAUAAUGUGGAGUACGCGAGGAAGGGAGAGUGCGGCAUCCAGCUUGGAGAGCUGUCGUGGCAGUCCUGUCCAAAGCAGUUCUACGAAUUCACUUUCAAGUGGUGGUAGAGCUCAUGAACUAGGCCUAGGAAAAAAAUGUUGUCUUUCCUGUUUCAUGACCGACCCUAGAAAAAAGUGCUGACCCUACCUUUCUUUUUGGGAAGACCCCUGCAAGGGACAUACAUUUUUUGAGCUGAUUGACCAUCUCUAUUUUCAGGAUUGAAACAGGAAGCACAACAUUUUUUUCCUAGGCCCUAGUGUAUUGCUAGUAAUACACAUGUACUGCUAGUGUAUUUUUCCAUUCAACUGUUGAGAUUAUAAAAGUAAACAAGCAAUAAGAACUUGUUGAACCCGCUUGACACCCAACAAGGAGCAUUUUCUUACUUUCCAAAUGGCUAGUUGUCAUUAAUUUGACUUUCAAAGACCAGCAACCUCUUUUAUCUGAGUUGAGUCAUGCCUAACCUUCUCAAGUGUCUUUGUGUGUUAUUGUUGUUUUUAAACGUAGAUGGAACGCAUACCAAUUUUAAGUACCACUGUGGCCAAAGUUUACUUAUGGAAACCACUUUCAGACCAGGUAAUCUGGUUUCUGAAAAUCCAGAAUGCAGGGUCACAAUGAAGCUUUGGAAAAACUGACUGUACUCUCAAGAUAGGGUUAGAACAUAUAUGUACACGUAUAGAUGUAUAGAUUUGUAAUGGUUUACAAGGAUAUCUAUAUUUAUAGUGUUUGUAAUGUAUUACCAUGGAGUCUUUGCACUUCAUUUGGCACAAUGUAUGUAGGUAUGUCUACUAGUAUGUUGAAUAGGGAAUUUCUGCAGUAGUCAAUCCUAUGCAAUAUUGUAUGAGAGAGAGAGCAAAGUUACUAGUAUUUUAUUGUGUCCACAGCUUGUGCAUACUACCAGUAUGUACAUGUAUGUGUGCGUCAGAACUAAAUAUGCUUGUUUGCUACAGUGUUAUUAUGUGAGAAUACUUAGUCUAGUCCUGAUGAUAAUCUCAGGGAGGAAGAGCAAUGUAAGAUGCAUAGGAGCACUGCCAGAGGUGAAUUGAGAAGUUAGUUUAAGUUAUUAAAUUGUUGCUGGGCUUUUUAGGGGUUCCUUGUUUCAUAGCGUGGUCAAAUUAAAAUGCUAUACUGGUCCUGGGACGAUAGGGGAUUGUACAUCCAAUGGAAGUCUUCUCAUACAGUCAGUUGCAGCAUGUAUUUGUUAGUCCACUAAGGUAACAAAGUAGAUUAGGUGACAAACACCACACCCACAGAGUGCUAAGGGUUAAUAAGUAGCAUAUUGUUACUUUCUUCUGUUGUACGUGUUGUUUUGUGUGAUGUUAUGUCAAUAGCAUUAUUUCUUUACAGUGUUACUGUAUUCAAUCUACAAUAUGCUGUAACUUAUUAUACAUUGUAUGAUAAUUAUACAUGGUAUACAUGUUAUUUUUUUUAGAAUUUUUGCACAGUUGAGGCAAGAAAAUUUGUACAAUCAUGAAAUU